UCCACGAGACCGAGAGACCAAGUUACCUAGGAAAUAGAAUAAGAAGAACAUGGUAUACACGACGAUAAACAGCUGUUUCUGGUCUGUCUCUCUUGCAGAGAAAAAUUCUACUCGUCUCGAGACCGGGAAAAUUGACUAGAAUCGCCGUCAAUGCAUCUCUCAAACUCCCAGAAACAAAAGAAACACCGAGGAAUUGAAAAAUGUCACAAACAUGGUAUCCAAGCACUCACUCCCGAGGACUAUUGAUAUUGACUUUUGACGUUGGCUUGUGUAGUUACGGCUGAUCAUUAAAAAUAAUAAUAAUGCUAUGGCUGAUAAUACUGUAGCUGUGGUGGAUGCCGAGAAGGAGCUGCUUCUCGAUAAUAAUUUGUGGAAUGAGCCGAGAAAAUGGAAAUUUGAGGAUUUUCUCGGUGGAAUGAGUGUCACGUGUGACAGACACAGCGUCGUUGGGGGAUCUGGACAUGAGUAUGAGCGACAGGUGAAUGAUGGGGUGGACAAUCGGAGCAGUGGUGACUAUUCCUACAAUUGCAAGAAACCUGUUACUGUGCCUCUGUGCCUCCUUGGGGAUGUGCAGCUCAGGUUUUUGUGCCCUGAUGAUCUGGAGGAGGUCAGGGCGCUCUGCCAGGAUUGGUUUCCUAUAGAUUAUCCUUACUCCUGGUACGAAGAUAUAACAAGUUCGUCCCGUUUCUACGCCCUAGCCGCCGUAUUCGGUGGUGUGAUAAUAGGGCUCAUCGUAGCCGAGAUAAAGCCACACGCAACACUCAACAAAGAGGACCAAGGAAUACUCUGUUCAAGUUUAGGAAAGGACUCCCUCGUCGGUUACAUCCUCAGUCUCGGUGUUCGUCGUGCCUACCGGAGGAACGGAAUAGCCUCCCUGUUGCUCGAGCAACUGCUGGCUCACGUGACAGCACCAGAACGAUCAACAGUGAAGGCUGUUUUUCUCCACGUCCUCUCCAGCAAUGCUCCAGCGAUACUAUUCUACCAAAGAUGUCAUUUUCGACUGCACAGUUUUUUACCAUACUAUUACUCAAUUCGUGGCAAAUGCAAGGACGGUUUCACAUAUGUUCUUUAUGUUAACGGUGGGCAUGCACCCUGGGGCAUUUGGGACUGGAUGAGGCACAUAGCUGGGGCCAUGGCCAGCCUUGGGCCCUGCAGGGUACCCCAGUGGAUCUGGCAACGACUGCUCUGGGCUGCCACUCUACUCUCUUACCACAGAUGAUAUUUUACAUAUCUUUUUCAUUUGUCAUUUUCACUUAUUUAUCCGUGACGACUUCCAUCAUUUUUCGUGUUUCGACGCCUCUUCACCGAGAAUUCGAAUUAUUUAUUCGAAUAUUUAGUGUAAUACGAAAUUUUUCAAAGAUUCCAGGUCUAAAUAUCCGGUAAAAAACGCCCAAAAUAAUAUCCAAUGGAAAAAUGUCCGAAAGAAAAAUAUCCAAAAAUGAAAUAUCCCAAUACCAAUAAAUUCAAUAAACAAGAAUCCAUUGAACAAGAUUAUGUUUAUAGACCUUUUCAUUCUGAGAGUCACUAGAUUUGCGGACACUUUUUUCCCAUGUUAAUUCCCCUAGGA